CGUCAUUCACAAAGUAUUGGAAUCUCAAGCAUGUAAUUCUAGUAAUUAUAACAUACAAUUUAUGAAUAAACAUUCCUUUUUGAAAUGAAAUGGAGGGGCCAAAUGUUAAAGAGUCCCCAGGGUGUGCAGGCUGCUUGAAUGAUAUCGGUGACGACGACUACGUGUCCGCACUCAACCAAGACUGGCAUAAAGACUGCUUUCGGUGUUCAGUUUGCGAUGCCCUGCUAUCAACGUGGUACUUCGAGAGGGCGGGUCUGCUGUUCUGUCAGAACGACUACUGGGCACGGUAUGGAGAGAGCUGCCAGCAAUGUGCACAGGUGAUAACGGGUCCGGUGAUGGCGGCGGGCGAGCACCGCUUCCACCCGGAGUGCUUCGCCUGCGUCGCGUGCGGCGCGCACAUUGAGGACGGGGAGCCGUACGCACUGCUUGAGCGGUCCAACUUAUACUGUGGUGCUUGCUACGGCAGUACGGUGCGGUCGGUGUCGCACUCCAUCCGUGUGGUGGAGGUGCCUCCCUCUUCCGUCCGGGUCGCACACACCCCGCCCGCUACUAUCACUGUCAAAGACGGGCGCUGCGGUGGCAAGCUGUCUGCGGCCGCGCGAGCUAUACUCCGCGCCGUACUCUCCGUCUGCAUACAACUUACAUGUCAUAGAAUCGAUUCGUCAUGUGGUGUGUUGACCUUACACAUCGGAGACAGGAUCCUCGAGAUCAAUGGCACUCCGGUCAAGAACCGGCCUCUGGAUGAAAUCGAGAGAGCCUUAGGACGGCCGGACACAGUUAUACAGCUAACAAUAGAACACACCGCAGACACAAACAUGAAACGCACACAGACAAACACACAAACACACGCACACACAGUUGAACUCAAGACACAAGACAAACAAACAAACACCAAAGAAGACUGCAAGCAAAGACAAUCCAUAGAGGUAGAGAAGAAAGAAGAGGGAAAGAAAGAAAGGUUGUUUAAGAGGAAGGGGGGUGAGGAUGCGGGGAGGUGGGUACACAAGAGGAGACAGACUCCUUCCUCUCCACUACUCGGGGACAAGGAGAAGAGUAGCAGCAUGUCCAAGCUGUUGGAUGCUGUGGACGGUGACGAGCCGAGUGGUGUACUGAAUGACCUGGCCAGGGCGCGGUCAUUCCGCGCGGAGCCCGAACCCGGACAAAAAGUGUUCCGAGCCAGCGAUUUAUUGCAGGGCGAGCUGCUCGGUUCAGGUUUCUUCGGCGAGGUGUACAAGGUGACCCACCGCGACACCAACGAGGUCAUGGUACUCAAACAACUGUACAGAGUCGACGAGGACGCGCAGAGGAACUUCCUCAAGGAGGUGGCAGUCCUUCGUUCCCUGAAACACCGCAACGUGUUACGUUUCGUGGGCGUCCUGUACAAGGACAAGCGACUCCAUCUUGUUACUGAGUACGUGCCCGGGGGGACUCUGUACCAACUACUGCAGGACAGUUCGGUCCCCCUGAGCUGGGAGGUCCGCGCCCGCCUGGCGCGGGACGUGGCGGCCGGGCUCGGGUACCUCCACAGGAGGAACGUCAUACACAGGGACCUCAACUCGCACAACUGUCUCGUCAGGGAGGAUAAGACAGUGAUAGUGGCGGACUUCGGUCUAGCGCGCAUAGUACAGCGCACCGCCGACACCGGCAGCCCGGGCGCCCCGCCGCGGACUGGGACGCUGAGGCGGAAGCGGUAUACGGUGGUCGGCAACCCGUACUGGAUGGCGCCGGAGAUGAUGAACGGGAACGUGUAUGAUGAGAAGGUGGACGUCUUCUCCUUUGGGAUCAUACUCUGCGAGAUAAUAGGUCGCGUGUCAGCAGACCCGGACUUCCUCCCUCGGCGCUCGGACUUCGGUCUCAACGAACCGCUGUUCAUUGAAAAGUUCUGUCGCAGCUCGAACUGUCCCGAGCCGUUCUAUCGGAUCGCGUUCCUUGCGUGCCAUCUGGAUCCGGAUAUCAGGCCUCCCUUCGACGUGCUGGAGGAGUGGCUGGCGAGCCUGGUGAGUGAGCUGGGCGGCACUACCCCCCCGCAGUUGCUGCAGCGAGUGGCGCGGUACGUGCCCGGCCCGCCCGACACCGGACUCAGUAAAGACAGCUGUAAGUCGCAGAGUAAGGCGGACAGCGGAGAUCUCAACGUACCUGAUGUAGGAGUACUCAAGUCGACGUCGAACGCGACCCUCGUAGUCCCGGAGCGCGGGUGGCGGCUCGGUAAGUGCGUGUCGGCGUCCCACAUCGUGGGCGGCGCGGGCCGGGCGGCGGGCGGCGGGCUGGCGGCGGGCGGCGGCCCGGCGGCGGGCGGUGCCCCGCGGCCCGCGCUGUGUCGCAGCCAGGGCUCGCUGCACACCGCCGGGUACAUACUGCACGCGCACGGGAACACUAUCAACAUCACCAAGGUUGAUGACAUUACCAAAUGGUUGGACCCGCCACCCCUCAAGCGAACGUCCCCAGACUCCCACCUCAACAGACUACAGGAACACAAGGCCAGGAAGGUGGAACAACCAGACGACUACCACGAACAUCUCCCCGCCUUCCUCCGCAACCAGUCUGUCGAGGAACUAGAAUCACACUACAAACUAGAGGUAAAUCCGCCAUUACCCUUCUGCAGACACAUCAGUAUCCCCAACAGUUCCACCGUCCCCAACAACGAGGACUCCGACUCCUCAGACGAUGAUGACCAGAUCAGUACUUGGGAACGAAACGUCAAGAUCUUUGACCAGAUGGAGGUAGACCCCAAAAACGUCAUCGCCAACCUCGUGAAGAAAGGAGAGACCUUGCUCUCGAAGAAAGCGAGCUAUGACGUAACUGAUGUUGUAUUGAGGAACCCUGAGUGCAUGACUCACGAACGGAAGAUACCUGAAGUGGAUUACCGAAGGUAUAACAUUGACUAUCUCACUAAAAGCCCCAUAAUGGCGCAGGGAGUCAAGAAUAUACCUAAAGCGGUCGAGAAAGACAAGCCGCAGGAAAAGUCGGGGUUCUUCCCUAAGAAGUUGCUGUCACCAAAGUUCAGUAGACUGUUCAAACCGAACACUGCCGAGGUGGUGCGGCACAAGGACGUGGAGGACAAAGACAAAUCCAGGAGCAAGUUCUUCGUACAAAGACCAGCUUCUCCUAGCAACAUCGGCAGGUCACAUAGAAUCAGACCGUCAGACACUGACAAACCAAUGCUAAACAAAGAUGUUCUAAAGUCUGACAUUAAACUAGCCAGCAUGGGCAAACCAAUGACACCAAUUUUCCGACGACAUUUGGGCGAGAAACCAGACUUCGCAGACGGGAGGUUCAGCUACAGGGACAGGAGAUCGAAACCUAACGACGACUCGAAGUUCAUAGAGUUAGGACGCAAUAGGAUAAAAACCCCGCUUAGUACUUUAGAAAGCACGAAAUUGACCCCAUUGAUACGUAGUUCCCAUAUAAAUAAUAUCGCGGCGUUGACUACAGUGCCUGAAAAGAAAAUUGUCGAUAAAAAAAUAAAAUGUGACGACUUGCCUAAGCGUCGGGAGCCAGGGAUUUCACGUAGUAAUUACGUCAGUCUUGCCAACUUAAAGAUCAAUGGUAAAGGCAAAGAUGUUGAUGAGAAAUGUAGACAAAGAGACAAUGAAGACUCCCCGGUGGAGCGAGUCAUGUAGAGUUCUGUCAACCGUUUGUUGUGAUGGCGUGAUAGUUACUUAUGAUGCGCGGGCGUAAAGUGGCUGAAGAUGGUAAUGACUUUUAUUUAAGACCUAUACUAUAUAUAAGUCGCGGAGAACCUAACGGGUUACUGGGACUCCGGCUCGACGUGCAGGAGAAGGAACGGGGUGGU